AUGGCCCUCUCCUCUCGGACGCGGCUCGCCCUGGCCGCGGGCCUGCUGCUCGGCCUCGUCGAUGGGCAACAGUACAAGAUUGACACGGUCGACAACAUCAAGACGUCGGCCAGCACGCUCGCCUACGACCUCAUGCUCUUCUACCCCGGCAACAAGACCGGCGGCAUCCCCGGCACCCUCCCCGGACCGCCUCCCGCCGGGCCCUACUACUGGUGGGAGGGCGGCGCCAUGAUGGGCACCUACAUCGACUACUGGCACUGGACCGGCGACUCGAGCUACAACAAGGUCGUCAUGCAGGGCAUGCUGCACCAGGUCGGCGAAAACGAAAACUACAUGCCCGCCAACCACACGGCCUCGCUCGGCAACGACGACCAGGGCUUCUGGGGCAUGUCGGCCAUGCUCGCCGCCGAGAACAAGUUCCCGAACCCGCCCGACGACAAGCCGCAGUGGCUGGCCCUGGCCCAGGCCGUCUGGAACACCAUGGUCGACCCGAGCCGGCACGACACGACCUGCAACGGCGGCAUGCGCUGGCAGAUUCCCUUUUCCAACGCCGGCUACGGCUACAAGAACAGUGCGUCCUCCCCCAUCCUCUCCUCCGUGCCCGUGCCCGCUUCCAUCGCCAACGGCUGCUUCUUCAACAUCGGCGCCCGCCUCGCCCGCUACACGGGCAACAAGACGUACGCCGAGCAUGCCGAGAAGACGUGGGACUGGCUCUGGGGCGUCAACUACAUCAACCACGACAACUACUACGUCUACGACGGCGCCCACGUCGACAUGAACUGCUCCGACGUCAACAAGGCCACCUUUUCCUACAACGCGGCCAUUAUGCUGCAGGGAGCCGCCUUUCUGUACAACUUUACCAACGGCGACGAAAAGUGGAAGACGCGCGUCGACAAGCUCACCGAGGGCCUUCUCAACAACUUCUUCCCCAAGGGCAUCGCCUACGAAGUUCCCUGCGAGGGCCGCCAGGGCGCCUGCACGCCCGACAUGCUGUCCUUCAAGGGCUACGUCCACCGCUGGCUCGCCGUCGUCACCCAGGUGGCGCCCUACACGCGGGACAAGAUCAUGCCCAUCCUGCAAAAGUCGACGCAGGCCGCCGUCCAGCAGUGCACCGGCGGCGCCACCGGCCGCGUCUGCGGCUUCUACUGGAGCGGCGGCAAGUUUGUCGACCCCUCGGUCGACAAGACGACGGGCGCCGGCGAGGCCAUGAACGUCCUCGCCGCCGUCUCGAGCCUGCUCAUCGACUCGGCCCGCCCGCCCGUCACCAACUCGACCGGCGGCAUCUCCAAGGGCAACGUCAACGCCGGCGGCGGCCCCGACAACGGCGAGAAGCCGCCGAAGCCCAUCACGGCCGCCGAUAGGGCCGGCGCCGGCAUCGUCACCUUUGUCCUCCUCGGCUUCUCUCUCAGCACCUUCGUAUGGAUGAGCUUCUUCGACUGA